AUGGACUGUGCAGUACGUGCUGUGAGUGACGAUUUCAUUCGUACACUUGGUGUGGUAUUGACGAAGAUAGUGUCUGACGUCGUGCCUGAGUAUGGUUCCAUAAGUUGCUUCAACUCAAUCAACGCCCCCCCAAUCUCAGACUACCUCGUCCGAAUCGCGAGGUACGUCAACUGCAGUAAUGAGUGCUUUGUGCUCGCAUUGGUGUACAUUGAUCGAAUCAUGAAGAUCCACAAGUUCUCAGUCUCAGUGCUCAACAUCCACAGGCUCCUCAUCACCUCGGUGAUGCUUGCGGCCAAGUUCAGCGACGACGUGUACUACUCCAACAGCUUCUACGCCCAGGUUGGUGGCAUCAAGGUGGCCGAGAUGAACCUCCUGGAGGCCCAGUUCCUCAUGCUCAUCAAGUAUCAGCUGUUUGUUAACGCUAAGGAUUACGAAAACUGCCGUAAAGGCGUGGAAUCAUCGUCUAACAAGAUUUAUACAAUUCCAUUACUGAGUCAAAAUAAUACCAAUAAAAAUACCAACCACAAUUUCAACAGUACCAAACUUAAAUAUUCAAAUAAUAAUACACUCUUUAAUACGAAUAAUAGUGUAUUCAAUUCAAAUAACAAUACACUCUUUAAUACAAAUAAUACGCCGUUUAAUUCAAAUAAUACUGUGUUCAAUACAAAUAAUAGUGUAUACAACACGAAUAACACACUAUUUAACACAAAUAACACUUUAUACAAUUCUAAUAACAAUAGUGUAUUCAAUACAAAUAAUACUGUAUACAAUUCUAAUAACACUGUAUACAGCACAAAUAAUAGUAAAGUGUACAAUAAUUCUACGUUCAAUGGUAUUAACGGAUACAGUAAUGGAUACGCAAGCAGCAAGAGCCUCCACGAUGAUUUAUACAACAAGUUACAAUUGAAUAAGGAAAAUAAUUGCAGAUACAACGCAGCCGAUUCCAACAAGGGAAAGGCCUAUAACUUAUACGGCUAUAAUAACACAGUAGGCCAUAACUACAAUGCACUCAACUACAACACACUCAAUCACAACAUUAACCAGAAUCCUAUCCAUCACAACACAACUAACAGAAACAAUGUUAACCACAACGUUAAGCCGGAGCCAAUUAACUGUUACGGCAGCGGAUUUAACCAGUAUUCUGGAUACGACUACAGUAGUGCAUUCAAGAACGAUGACGACUACCUGAUCACGAGAGAAAAGCUGAGCCUGUCAAAUUACAUUUACGAUUUUGGAGCCGAAAACAGAUUUGCAAGAACCGAGUCGGCCUUGACAGUGUCAACAUCAGCAUCUGAUACGCAAGAAACACCCGACGAGGCCACGCUAAGGGACCGAGAAACAUUCAGAACCAAAUUCGACGAGUGCGAAGCUUUCGUCAACGCACUCGAAACAAGAUUCAAAGACACGCUCAAGAAAAAAAGCUCAUCAAACGUCGGAACUGUACAACAACUCACGCUUAUUAAUCUGAAAAAUGAUUGGUAA